AUGUCAGAAUAUCGAGAAAUCCCAAAAUUCAUCGUCGAUCUAUCCCUACCUCCCGAGACCCGCUACGAUCAUGUCGUUCCGCACUUCAAGACCGCUGUGGACUCGUGCGAUUUACCCUCCCUGUUCUACGCCCUCCUCGAUGAACCCGUUGGCAAAUUUGCCGGAAAAAUGAUAGCUGCGAUCUCGCCGCUGCUCAUGCGACGCGUUCAUUCAGAUGAGGAAAAUGCGGAAUUGGUCGGUAUCUCGAAAGCGAUUGGCAUUCCCAUGCACAUCCUCGUCGCCUUCAACGUUCUCUUGGACCUUUUGCUGGGAUGCACGAGCGGCGGGGUCAGAACAAUCAAUCCAGAUUCUGGUGGGAACGCGACGCGGAUGCUUCAUUUUCGGACUCUCGACUGGGCCAUGCAUCAGUUACGAAAUAUCAUCGUCGAACUCGACUUUGUUCGUAUGCCCGCAGGUCCGGUCAUUGCCACAACGGUUGGGUAUCUUGGGUACAUUGGCGUUCUGACGGGAGUGCGAAAAGGCAUGAGUUUGAGUUUAAACUUCAGACCGCACCACGCCAAAGAGACUCUUCGGCAACGACUGUCCUAUAGAUACAACCAGGCGAUGGUGGUUCUUGGGCAGCGGCAGUCGAUAUCAAGCAGUCUGAGAGAAAUUGUACUUGGUGACUCUACGAUAUCGGAGAAACAGUCUGAUGAAACACACGAGACGGACGAAAUCAGCCCCGAUUUGCAGGACGAAUAUGUACAACAAGUCCUUACAAAACUCUCGACAUCCAGUCCAACCGCCGCAUAUCUCAUCCUCUGCCAACCAGACCGCGUCUUCAUCAUCGAGAAAGACAACCACAGCGCAUCAAUCCGCGAAUCCGACACGUUCCUUGCUGCCUAUAACCACGACGCCAAAGACGAAGACAACCCCGCGCAUCUCCAACAAGCUGCGGAGGAGCUUGAAGAAGGCAAAGAUCCAACGGGCAUGGCAGACUUGGUGGCGUUUUCACUUGAGAGAAAGCAGGACUUGGAUGAGUUAUGGAGGAAAUGUGUUCGGGCUUGUAGAAGAAGGUACAAGCUGCGGAAUGACGUUGUGACGAAGGAGGAUGUGGUCAAGUUUUUGCAGAAUGAUAUGAUUAGGAAUGGGGAGACGCAUUAUGCUGUCAUCAUGGAUCCCAAGGAGGAGAAGGUCACAUGGCGGAGGGCGUAUGAGUAUGUUAGUGAGAGUGAAGGCGAGAGUACGGAGGACAGUUAA